UGCUUUUCUACAAUCUUAAUUGUAAUCUUUUGUUUUCUUUUCUUUCCCUUUUACCUUUGAGAUUGUUUUUUCUUUAUUAAAUUAAACUCGGUGCAAUUAAUUAGUUUUCUUUUCUAAUCGUUAAUAUACAAUGGGGACUUUGGCUCGCAAUGGUUUGGAUGAAGGUAAAAAGGUUUCAACCAAUGAAGUUGAAAAAUUUUGUAUCAAAAAAGCAAAAUUAAGUAUGUCCAAUGGCGAUUCUAAUUUGGCUAAAUCUUGGUUUCUUGCGGCUUCUAAUCUGUUUCCUGAUUCUUUUUCAAUUAAGUUUGAACAAUAUUUACAAGCCAAAGACGAAGGUCGUUUAAUGGAAGCUUGUCGCCAUCUUAAUGAUAUUUUCUCGUCUUCUGGACAGUCUAUAAGUGAUAAUAUCAAUCAGGAGAUGCAACGUAUUGUUACUGCUGUUAAAGGAACUAUUAACAAUCCUGAUUCAACCUUUUAUCGUAAUCUAUUCAAUUGUUUCUCAUUGGAGGCUCAACAUAAGUUACUUCUUAAUGUUGCUAAUCUUUGCUCUGAUCCUAUGGAAUCUUGUCAACUUAUGCUACUUAUAAUGAAAAAAUUUCCCAACAAAAUUAAUGAACAUGCCAGUAAUAUAUUACAACUUAUCAAAAGAGCUGAAGAAAAUCAAGGUUCCUAUAGAAAUUCAGAUUAUUUUAAUAAGCUGCUUGUUUUUGAUAUUUUACCUGUCAUUUUAUCACCUGAAUCAAAUUUGGAUACCUCGUUAUCUCUCAUGUUAUCACUUCUUGAUCGAACAAUUGAAUUCUAUUGUCAAUCAAGUAUAAUUGGAAUGCUUGUUGACGAAGAAACUUCAACCGAUGUAAACAUUAUGGAUAAAGAUAGAGAAAAUCGUUUUGAUGAUGUUUUUAAUAUGUUUCGAAAACGUCUCAAAUGGGAUCUUUUAACCUGUGAAGAACAUUCAACCAAUGAUAAUUUUCUUUCUGGUAUUUUGUUAGCUCAUUUCCAGAGAAUACAGAAAUUUUUCCAAGAUGUUUCUACAGUCAGCAUGACACCAGAAUCGGAUGGACCCAUUGAUCUCAGUUCGUCAAACACUAAAGUUGAAAUUAAGGCGGAACAUAUUAAUCAAGUUCUUUAUGCCACUUUCCUACUUUUUAUCCGGUGUUUACACAAAUAUACCAAAGAAACUGCUGGUAAACUUAUAUUGGUUGAACAAGGUGCUUCUUACAAAGGUGAUCCUGUUAAGAAGCGAAAAAUUCAUCUCAAAUCAUCUUCGCCCAUAAUUUUCACCGAAAAUUCUGAGCUUCAAGAAAAUUUCACAGUCGCUCUUCAAGCCUUAGAGUUUCUCAAUCAAGAUUAUAAUCUGACCAAAGAAAUGAUGAUUAAAUUUCAACAAACCAAAGUGUUUGAAUCAAGAGCUUACCAAAUGCUUAAACAAGACUGUUUAAUUUAUCGGGGUAAUCAUGAUGAUUGUUUAGCCUCACAUGAAGCUACAUCAAAGAUCAAAAUAAAGUCAUGUCUUCAAUCAAUUUCAUCAGCACUUAUGAGUUACAAUUAUGGUCUUGCUUUGAAACAUUCUCUUGAUGGAGUUGCCAUGUUAACACGAGUUCCAGAGAUGAAAGAAGAAGAUGAUAAACCCAAAAUGGAAAGCAAUCAUAAUGGUGGACGACAAAUUGUUUUCAUCAAUUACAAUCGUAAUGACAUUUUAACUUAUUGUAUUGAAGUUAUCAUUGCAUGUCUCAAAGAUCGAGUCCUUCUCUCUGUCAAACCUUCUGAUCAUGGAUUGGGACAUUUGAUUGUCUUAUCGCAAUACAAUUGGCCGAAAGAAGUUGACCUUUUCCUGAAAUGUAUUUCAACCAUCCGCAAACCCAUAACGGGAUCACCAACAGCACCAGUUAAAUUUGUUUACCUUCCUUUCUGUGAUUUUAUUUUCAAUCCCGAUAUGUUGGAAGAAUUUAUGUCUCUCGUUAAUUCAAAAGGAAUCACAUUGGAAAUUAAAGAUCAAGUAACCCCACAGAUAAACAAAUUCGCUAAAUCAUCAAAGACCAUAACUCGAGGAGUAAACAAGAAUGCAAAAGAGGAAAUCAAAACAAUUCUGGUUAAUCAGAUGAAAAGAAGUAAAUUAAUCCUGGAACCAUCAUUAUUUAUAAAUUUUAUUCUCAAUCAUAUUAAGGAUUUAUCCUAAACAAAUCCGAGUUUAUUUCUCUUAAAUUACAUUGUACAUAAUACUUAUAUUUAUAUUUAUAUAUUUGGACUUUAUUAAUGUUAUCAAGAUCUAAUCAUAAAAUUUGACCCACUAAAACUGUUGAUUAAAACCAUUGUAAAAACCAAACAA